ACCAACCACUUCGCACUCCCGCAACAUCGCCCUUGACUCCUCCCACUUCCGAUUAAGAGUCGCGUUGUCUUAUUAAAUAAAAAAGCCAAAAUGGGUGGUUCAUUGUCGCGUCUAUGGUCCUUCCUCUGGACGAAGAAGGAAAUCCGUAUUCUCAUCUUAGGUCUCGAUAAUGCUGGAAAGACUACACUCCUUUACAGAAUGAAGAUCGGUGAGGUCGUCACGACGAUACCUACUAUCGGUUUCAAUGUUGAAUCCGUCACAUAUAGAAAUUUGAACUUCAAUGUCUGGGAUCUUGGAGGUCAAACGUCUAUCAGGCCAUACUGGCGAUGCUACUACGCUAACACCGCUGCUGUUAUUUUCGUCAUCGACUCUACAGAUAUUGAACGACUGGGCACAGCUGCAGACGAGCUUGCAGCCAUGUUAAAUGAGGAGGAACUUCGCGAUGCCGCGCUGCUGGUAUUCGCCAACAAGCAGGACCAGCCGGGCGCCAAGGGAGCCGGAGAGAUCUCGGAAGCACUGAAGCUUGGCGAACUCCGAGAUAGAAACUGGAGUAUCGUGGCGUGCUCGGCUAUUGAUGGUAAGGGUCUUAACGAAGGCAUGGAUUGGUUGGUGCAAACUCUUCAAUCAGAAAACGCAUAAGCGCUGGCGUCAAUGUGUCAUGCAAUAGAUCUUGAUUUUGGUAUAUCUCCUUGACCGUACAUGAGCGGGCUUCUUCGACGGGCGUUCACCGCGUCUGAAAAGCUCACCCUUCUU